AUGUGUGACAAUGAUUUUAAAAUAACACCAGCUUCGGUAGCUGUUAAAGUACAAAGUUCUAUAAGUCAGGACAUUGUCAAGGAGCUGCUCAAAAGUUCUUUUCAAGAUUCCCAAACAACACUGAGCUGCGAAGCUCUUAGCCUAGUGACAGAGAUAGCUAAAUUGCUUGUAAUGGAAACUUGUUUAAGGGCAGCUGACUUGGCAAAUUCUGGAAAUGAGGACAACCAAGUCUGUUCAGUCAUUAACACCAACCACAUACUUAAAUGUCUGCCUCAAAUUAUGUUGGAUUUCCCGUAG